UCCAGCCCAGGGCCCGGCAGCCCACCAUGUCUGCCCAGUUUCCACAAGUAUCCUGAGGGUCUCCAUCGUGGGCCAGGGGACUGGAGAAGCCCAGCCCGCGCAGGGAUGGAUGUCGGGCCUCAGGCCAGCAGGCUGCCCUGUGAAGGCGCCAUCUGUGACCUCAGGGCAGGCGGUGACCAGGCGGCUCACCAGAUCCCGCCCUCGGCCCGGCCCUGGGGCCAUGUCAAUCUCGGUCCCGGGAAUGCCGCUGGUCCUUCUAGGAGACACGACCCAGUCCCACCCGAGAGACAACCUCGAGGCCCGGGGCAGGCCAGCCACCAGGAAGGCUAGAGCCAAGCCCAGGGACUCCGGGCUCCGUCUAUCUGCGGCUGAUGAUGAUGCCAUGGCUGCCCUGAGGUGGGCCAGGCCCUCCCGGCAGCCAGGUGACUUGCGGGGAGCUCCCCACAUGGCCUGGUCCGACUACACUGAGCAGCCAGGCCCCCAGAGGAAGGCCUGCAACCUCCUGGGGUGGUCCGAAAGCGAGGAGGCCAGGGAUGGGGACAGCUCGGUGUCAUCAGGCCGCCUUUCUGGCUCCUCCGGGGGCCACGAGUCCUGCACAUCUCUCCCCGGGCCCUGGAAGGAGCGGCCCCCCCAGGCGCAGGGGCCCCGGCGGCAGCUGAGAGAGAGCAACCCACGACUGGAACGGCUUAGGGACAAGAUCCGGGCCCAGGCACAGUGGCAGGCCAGCUGUGCCUCUCUGGGCACCUCGACGCCCUCCAGCGCCUCGCGCCUCUACAGAGUCUCCAAGCCAGAUCCCCGCAGGAAGGCCGGAAGGCUGGCGCACCCCGAACCGGCCCCGUGGGACGUACUUGGGCCUGGGGCCACCAUCAAAGGCUUAGGCACCCCGAGCGAGGCUCCGUGUGGAGCGGAAGACAAGGCCAUCCCGGGCCGGGGGCGAGAGCCCUCCAGGGUCCCCCAGCGCCAGGCCUCAGCUCCACGGGAGAAAACCAAAAGAAUGAAAAGCCGUCCUUGCACGAGGGAGAGAGCCCCCCGGUCGCCCAGCUCUAGAAGAGAUGCCAAAGACACAGAUUCUGAGUUGGUCGGUGUUUACGCUUGGAGGAAAGGACCAGCCCUGGCGAGGGCCCUGCUUGGGCCCCCUCCGGCCCUCCCCAGGCUCCAGAGGGAGGCUCCCUCAAGAGACCAGGCCCCCGCCGCGGAAUUAGGAGACAGCAAGAAAGUUGGAGCUGCUAAGAGCUCCCCUGCCCGUCCCCGGAUGCCCAGUCCAGCCUCUGUCCGCGGCGGCCUGCAGGUGUCCGCCAAUACGCCCAACCUGUCCUCCUGCGAGCAGCCUGUGACCAUCCAGAAUGCCAUGGCUGUCCUUAGAGACCUCCGCCAGCAAAUCCAGGCCGGGCUGGAGUUGGCCCGGAGCCACCGCCCCAGGGGAGGGCCAGAGCUGGGGCGGUCAAAGUUGUGGCUGCAGAGCCUGGCAGAGAGGAGGCAGCAGGGCCCCUGGAGUACCCCAGAUGUUCGGGGCUCCUUCUCGGAGAGUCCUCGGGCCUUAGAGAGGGCUGGCAGCUUCCCCACGGGGCAUCGCUGGAGCACCUUGGCUGGGUGGGAGUCCUGUCCCCAGAUGACCUGGGCAGCCCAAGGACGGAACCCCUCCUUCCAGAGGCCUGGGAGCCCCCCUGAAAGGCUGACCUCCUUCCCUCAGCGGCCCUGGAGCGCCUCGGCCGGGCAGCCCUCCCAGCCCCAGAGGACCUGGGCUGCUCAUGAAGACUGGGAGAGCUCUGCCCAAAGCCCGUGGAGCCCAGCGGCCCAGCGGCCGUGGAGCGCCUCCUUCCUGCGCAGCAAGGGCACCCCAUGCAGGGGCCGAGGCUCGCUCCCGCCUCCCUCGGAGCCAAAGCGAGCCUGGAUGAGGCCGGCCCCCGGGGCCCCCAGGAACGCCCCUGGGAAGGAGAACGAGGUGAGGGUGCCGCCACCCUGCCCGAAGCCCCGGGGGGUCCUGGGUCACCCCUACAGCUCUGAGUCCCUGCGGGAGUUCAUGCGCCAGAAGACGCUGGCCCGGAGGCGACAGGCCCUGGAGGAGAAGGCCUCGGCCCUGCGGGCGCUCGAGCUGAAAAACCAGAGGCUGCAGGAUGUGUACAGGAAGCAGAGGGAGGCCGUCCUCGGCAAAGCCGUCCCUGUGGUGUCCCACACGACCCCCGGCAUCGUGACCUUUUUUCCGCAUUGUGCACAGUCCAAGGGCCUGGAAGCCUCUGGGAGCCUGGGGUCGCCUGUGAUGGAGUGGAGCAAGGUGACCUCCGGCAUGGUGCUGGGGGACCAGGAGGCCCCGGGCAGCUUCUGCCUGUGUCUGAACAGAGCCCCGGACCGCACUGAGACGCUGGGGACAGGCGGCCCCACACUGAUGUCCGCCCGCUCCUCCCUGGGUCCCCUGAAGCUCCAGGACCUCGCCACCCAGGGCGCGCGUCCAGGGGUGUGCAUCUACCUAGACCCUGAGGAGAGCGAGCACCUGGGCACAUCGGGGCCCCUGCACUUCCGCUACAAGCAGGCCCGGCUACAGGCUCUGGAGACCAUGGCCAACGUCCUGAAGCAACGGAUCGACAUCCUGACGGCCAAGCUGCACAAGUCGGAGGCACUGGACCCUCCCGGGGACCCGGUCUCCGACCCGUCGCCCUCAUACCUCAGCAGAAUGGCUGCGGCCCCCACGCCCACAGCCCCCGUCCACUCCGGAGCGUUAGUGCCCCGUCGGGGUGGAGGGACACCCUGGGACUGGGCGGACACGCAGGCCAGGCCGCCGGCCUCACCCACCUGCUUCCCGGACAGCAGGACGCCGUCCUGGAGCCCUGACUGGGAGCGGCGGCACAGCGUGAGCCCGGGGGCCCCCCGCGACAGCCAGCCCCGAGGUCUCACGGAGGACGGAUGUUUGGAGCCAGACAACAGGCUGGCGAGAAACACGGACUCCUUCCAGGCCCUCCGCCCCUUCAUCGGGAGCUCACUCGGGGUGACAGCCAUGCUGGACCCCACCUGCGACUCCCUGCGUCUGGAGAUGCCGUCGGCCAGAGGGGCCGGCUUGCUCACGCCCCGGACCACGCGAAGCUGCGGUCAGCAUUCCGGGCACCUUGCCAACAUCCCCCAGAAGUCCCUGGGCUUUCUCGAGUCACUGAAGCUUGACCAGCAGAAGCGGAAGCAGGCGUUGGCCCUUCUGCGGCAGCGGGCGAAGCGGGAGGUCUGGGAGACACAGAAGGCCCUGGACGAGCUGCUCUUCAAGCACCGGGUGCAGCAGCUGAUGGGGAAACACUCCACCGAGGCCAGGCCGAAACCGGCUUCGGAGGGGAAGCAGCCACAGGUGUGCGGAGGUCUGGAGCCAGUGACUUGUCUGAGCACCGUGACAGCCAGACCCAGAUGGCACCUAGCCCAGGGCAGAGCCGCGGCCACGCCCUUCCAGGACCCCUGGGAAGGACAGCAGAGUCAGGAGGGCAAGUCGGCUCCUGCAGAGCCCAGGCAGGAAGAGAGGCCAGACCAAGCCCCCUCCCAGCUGCCCCUGGCCAGGCUCUACCCUCAGGACAACCCCACCCACCAGGCUGGGCACCGCUCCCACCCGGCGAAGCUGGUCCCGGAGCGGCCCGGUCGGUCUGCCCCGCCCCAGCGGAGCCCGGCGGGGCCCUGGAGCGCGAACCCCGGAGCCCUCGGCUGCUUCACGCUGCAGACGCUUGACGUAAGCCUGCGGGAGGCGGAGCUGCGCGCGCAGCACCAGGCUGCGAUGCUGCGCCUGCGCGAGAAGGCGCUGGAGGAGAAGAUGCGCGCCGAGCUGGCCUGGCUGGAGCAUCAGCGAGAGUGUCUGGGCGGCGAGGGGAAGGACACGAUGCUGGCGGCCUUGGCAACGAGGCAAGAGCAGGGGCUCAGCAAGCUUGAGCAGGAGCAGAGAGAAAUCCGAUACCUGCGGGACAUUCGCCUGUUUUCACACCAAGAGAGGAAACUUCUCCUGCAGCAUGAAAAGGACAUCGUCUCCUUGCAGAGAUCCACGAUGCACCUGCGGCGGGAGCUUCAGGCCCGGACCAGGCUGCCUCAGAGUUCCGGCCUUGAGGUCAAGACCACUCAGACGGAGGGGUCUGAGACAAGUGUGCAGCUGAAGGGCCCUGCACAGGGCUCCUCGCGCCCCUUGUCACCGCCUGGGCCCGCCAGCCCCGCCAGCCACUGCCCCCGGACAAGCCCUGAGACCCCACGAGUCCAACACCUUCUCAGCAAGCAGGCGGAUGGGACGCCCCCCCAGGCAACCUCAGCUGCGGAGAGUCACCGGCCGCCUCCAAGGCCCGCGUGGGGAGAGGACACUCCUGUGGCCAGCAGCUGGCCCGACACGGGGCGCCGGCUGGAGGAGAGCCACAGCCCCGUGGGCCAAGGAGACCCCCAGACCAACCCCAGCCCCACGUCAGCAGAGGAGAAGACCCGGCCUCUGACAGACAGCCGUGCACAGAAGCUCCAGGGCCCGAACUCCCCGGGCGGAGGGGGUCCCUGCGGCCCCCUGGAAGCCAGCGUGGUUGAAGGCCGCAUCGGCCUAGCAGGGUCAGAGCUGGGGCUGGAUUUUGCCGGCAGCCCCGUGGAGGAGCCCCACAGAAUGGAAGGCUGGUGGCCGGGGGAACAGAGGUAUGCGGUCUGGAGGGUUGCCUGAACCCAGGGGACCCGCAGGCAGGGGUGGGGGUCCUGGGGCAUGGAGACGCCCGUCCUCUCGUUGGAAGAGGACAGCUCACUCUGUCCGGGUGCCCCUCGUCCUGAACCGGGUCCUCUGUGCCCCCUCAACCCACCCCAUGCCCUCCUGAGUCUGACCCCCUCUGUGGAAGCAAAGAUGUCACCUGGGGAGUUGGCCCAUGACCCCGUGCUGGGGGCAGCGGGAGGGGCCCUUCCAGGGAACGCGUGCCUCUGAGCCUCUCAGAAAGCAACGCCCCCCAGAGACCUGACCCAGUGGGGACUGAGGCCAGAACCUCCUAAACACGGGGCCCCCUGCCCCCACCCGGGGAGCCCUGCGCUCUGACCGUCACCUCCUGUCGGGGCAGAUACCUGGCGGGCACGGGUGUCAAGCUUACGGGGGAGUUGAAGGCCCCGUGGAGGCCCUGAGCCGUGGGGACGAGGCCGGGGGAUGGGGCCCUCUCCUGGGCGCCCCCUGGGACAUCCGCACAAA